CGCCCUGCACAAAUCCUACCUUUGCCAUUUUGUAAGUCACCCGUCUCCCAUUAUCUAAAGCCCACCUCUUUUGAACCGUGUUCGCUAUGGAAGAGCCUUUGAAGUGCUUCACGAACUGCCUUCUUUGUAUCUCCGGCGAACUGGUUGCCCAGGACCUCUACUUCAGUUCCGAAAGAGGCAUCAUUACAGCGAACUACUACUACCGGAAGGACGGCGUCGAGAGAAUAGAUCUAAACGGCAGAAUUGUUGCUCCCGGCUACCUGGACCUACAAACCAAUGGCAUGCAAGGUAUUCAUUUCACGCAACUGGCUGCGGUCGGUGACCCGCAGGAAGACGAGCGCAAGCUAGAGACAGUCGGCAAGAUGGAGAGCUCUCUCGGUGUAACUGGCUGGUGGGCCACGGUACCUACGGUUUCGGCGGAAAGAUGGAAACAGAUAGUCCCAGUUCUGAGACCACGAUCAUUUGCCUCAGGAGCGGAUUUGCUCGGUGCCCACGUGGAAGGACCUUUCCUCAACAAGUCCAAGAAAGGAGCACACAAUGCUUGCUAUUUGCAAAUACCUACUGAGAUUUCUCCUUCGAAAUUAUACGAAGACAGUAAUCUCCACGACACCAUCAAAUUGAUAACCUUGGCUCCUGAACUACCAGGAGCCACCGCCUUGAUCGGCCAACUACAGGAAGACUAUCCGCACAUAGUGAUCUCCUUGGGACAUUCAGCAGGGACCUACGAAGAAGGCCUAGCCGCAGUACAGAUGGGCGCUCGAGCGCUGACUCACGUCUUCAACGCCAUGAGCCCUUUGCAUCACCGGAAUCCGGGACUCGCAGGGCUGAUGACGACGGGCAAAUGCUACUUCUCGGUCAUUCCUGACGGGAUCCAUCUGCAUCCGUCGGUGUUGACACUGUGCAUGCGAGCGGAGCCUCAGAAAUGCGUCUUUAUCACGGACAGUAUUGAGCUAGCGGGUCUGCCUGAUGGCGUGCAUCCCGGACAUGGGCAGAUAUCUGGGAAUCAGUACAGGCAGGGCAACAAAGUGACCAUGGAGGGCACAGAUACGCUGAUUGGCAGCUGCUGUACCCUUGAUGAAUGUGUUCGGAAUGCGGUGGCUUUCAGCGGGUGCAAUCUUGCUGAAGCCGUGCAAUGCGUCACGGAGAAUAUAGCCAACAUGAUGUCGGAGAGUAAAAGAGGGAAGCUGGAACCCGGGCGGAGGGCGGACUUUGUGGUUUUGAAUGAGGAGGGUUUUGUUCAAGAGACAUGGAUGGGUGGGAGCAGAGUGUGGUCGGACUCGUCGAGUUCAUGAUAUGCUAAUGUGGAUGGGCAAUUAAUCGUGAUUAUGGUGUUCGGGAGUAUCACGUAUGCAAGCUGCGAACGGGGAGUCUACUCGUCUGUUCUCGAGACGAGGACCACUUAGACGACGAUCAUUUAGGGCAAAUCGACCGAUGUCAGUGGCUAAAG